AUGAUGUUCUCUACCAUUACCGGUCCCCUCAUGGCUGCCUUUUUCGCUGCCUCUGCAAUUGCCGCUCCUAACAGCGCCGGCCACAAAGCCGAGAUUAUUCCGAGGCAGGCAGAGAUCCAGUGUAACCUCCUGCAAUGUCUCGGCGUUAUUGGUACUAUUCCAUGCGUCGUCAAUGCCCUUAACGGAGGUGAUACGGAAGGUGCGGCUGAGUGCGCUGUUGGUGGUUCUGGCACUGUUCGUAUAACCUCGAGUUCUUUCUUGCUGUUUUUAGAUUUUCUAACCGUGAGAAGGUUUGUCCUUGCAUAUCGUGCGUUCCUCAAGCGCAGGUUAUCGCCCAACACGCUGGAUUCUGUACCUAAGGGGCAGGACUAA